AUGCAACCCAGCUACUCUCCAUCCGACAAAGGAACAGAAUCGAUCCCCGAAUCAAGAAAUGCCGUCGAAUCCCCGCCUGCAGAAGGCGACGUGGCAGCCGCCGUCCGGAGGAAAGGGGACGAUCGAGUCCGUGCCCAAGCAGGUGCGCAUGCGGGUCCCGUUGGAAGUGCUCGGGGGCCAGGGGAUCCGGGGUUCGGCGAGGAGAAGGAUCUAGUGGCUGAGAUGUCCAGGAAGGAGAGGGAGCAUCAGGAGGUCCUUGAGCAGAGGGAGAGUGCAUCACGAUCACAAUUCUCUGGUGGCAUUUAUGGGAGGGAAGGGGAAGAACAGGCCGUUGAGAGGGAGAGGGUGAGAGAGCAGAAGAUGAGGAGAGAUCGAGAAAUCGAUGUCGCUGGGGCUGUGAAGAAAGGAACGGGAAAUGUGGUUUCUGGGGAUUGA